GGGAAUUUUCUUUUUAAAAAUAAUAAAAGUUCUCUGACGUUUUACGCUGCGUGCACUGCGAGCGUAAUGGUCUUUGUUUAAUUUCGUCCUCGCCGCUCCUCAAACUGGGCCGCUGGACGCCGGCAGCGCUACUUGCCUCCUCGGGACCUCGCCUGCUCGUGAACUCGUUCCUUCCUCCAGCCCAAGCGGACCACCCAGUUUAGUCCUCUGUUCUCGCUUUCUCUUUUGGACUCCCAGAGUCCCGGCCUACAAAUUUAAGAAGCUGCUACUAGAUCCGCAACUGAGCAAAGCUAGAAUGAGGUUGGGGGCACAUAGUUUGAGAAGCAGAUGAAGAUCAAGUGAGCGAUGCAAUUUUAGUAACAAACGGGUGUCAUGAGAUUGGUCAGAUGAUCAUAAUAUCAUCAUUGAUAGUCAAAAGAACACGGGCUAAGUUGCUAGUUAGGGAUAAGAAGGCCGCUAGGGAGGCAUUUGGCGCUUAUGAUGAGCCAACUGCUGGAGAUGCAAAGAGUUGGUUGUACUUAAAGACAGCUCUUAACGGUGUUCGUGCACUUAUAUGCCCAAGUGUAUGUCUAUCUCUUGUCAGCUCUUUUAGCUUCACUGUGGAACCCGGUAAAUGUUAGGCAAAGAAAACGUGGAGGAAGAAAAAAGGGAGAUUUCAAAGGAAAGAAAUUUAAAUUGGAGGGUUUUGCACCUAACGCUCAGAACACUAAAGAUUUGCAACAUGUUACCAUAUUGUCAAAGGGUAGCCAGCCAUUCACUCCCUUUUCGCAGCUUCACGAGCAAAAACUCCUUGAAUCCCAUUUAGUCUCUCUUCUCGAUGUCUGCAAUGGUCUGCUCCAAAUCCAGCAAGUCCACACGCAGGUGAUCCGAAGAGGUGUGGACCAGUGCUGCUAUGUUCUCACCAAGCUCAUCCGUACGCUCACUAAAAUCGACGUCCCCGUGGACCCUUACCCGCGUCUGGUGUUCGAAAGGGUCAAAGACCGGAACCCUUUUUUGUGGACUGCCAUGAUCCGAGGCUACUGCAUAGAAGGAUCAUUAGAAGAGGCUUUCUGGAUGUACGGUCUGAUGAGGAGAGAAGGUCUUUCCCCAGUUUCAUUCACUUUUACAGCAUUAUUAAAGGCUUGUAGUGAUGUCUUGGAGCUCCAGUUAGGGCGCCAGAUCCACUGUCAGUGUGUAAAGGUGGGCCGUCUCUCUUCCGACCUGUACACGAUGAACACUUUGAUAGAUAUGUAUGUGAAAUGUGGGCUCCUUGACUGUGGGCGGAAGGUGUUCGAUGAAAUGCCUUUAAGAGAUGCGAUCUCCUGGACUUCCCUGAUCUUCGCGUAUGCCAAGAGUGGGGAUAUGGGAUCGGCUAUGGAACUGUUUGAUGGAUUGCCUUUCAAGGAUAUGGUAGCCUGGACCACUAUGGUCACAGGCUUGGCCCAAAAUGGCAAACCCAAGGAAUCCAUAGAGAUCUUCUGCAGGAUGCAGAAUGCUGGAGUGGAGACAGAUGAUGUCACCUUGUCGGGCGCUAUAUCAGCAUGCGCUCAACUGGGCUCCACCAAACACGCCGAUUGGAUAAGGAGCUUGGCUGAGAGGUCAGGAUAUGGGCCCACAAAUAACGUCGUCAUCGGUUCGGCGUUGAUCGAUAUGUACUCCAAGUGUGGUAGCGUCGAGAAUGCUCAUGAGGUUUUUGAGAAGAUGAAGAUGAAGAACGUGUUCUCAUAUAGCUCCAUGAUUCUAGGGUUCGCCAUGCACGGUCACGCAAGCCACGCGUUAGAUCUGUUUGAGAGCAUGUUGAGGACAAAUAUUAGACCGAAUGACGUCACCUUUCUUGGUGUUUUACUAGCAUGCAGUUACUCAGGUCUGGUAGAACAAGCCAAACACUUUUUCCACGUGAUGGAGAAUAAAUAUGGAAUCAACCCAGCUGUGAAUCACUAUGCCUGCAUGGUGGAUGUUCUUGGCAGGGCAGGGGAACUAGAAGAAGCACUGAAUCUCAUUCAGAACAUGCCCAUAAAGCCAAAUGGAGGUGUCUGGGGAGCCUUGUUAGGAGGUUGCCGGAUCCACAGCAAUCCAGAAGUAGCAGAGAUUGCUGCAAACCACCUCUUAGAACUUGAGCCAGACGGAAUUGGAAAUUUUGUCCUUCUCUCGAACAUCUAUGCUUCCGCUGGAAGGUGGGAAGAUGUGUUGAAGGUUAGGAAGAUGAUGAAAUCAAGAUUACUCCGAAAGAGCCCUUCACGCAGCUGGGUCGAAGGGAAAAAUGGGGAAAUCCGCGAGUUCUAUGCUGGGGGUUCGAUCAAUCCAAUGUCCAGUGAGAUUAUGAGAGUGCUUGCGGAUCUGGUUGCGCAACUUGGGUUGGGCGGGUAUGAACCAAACCUGAGUUGCGUGCCUUACGAUUUGGACGAUAAGGAGAAGAAACGGAUUUUGAUGAGUCACAGUGAGAAGCUUGCUUUGGGUUAUAGCUUGCUGACCAGCAGUUCGGUCUCCGAGAUUAAAAUAAUGAAGAAUCUCAGAAUUUGUGAAGAUUGUCAUUCGUUCAUGUCCCGUGUGUCUGGGCUGAGUGGUAGGGUAAUUGUCGUCAGGGAUAACAAGAGGUUUCAUCAUUUUCGUAAUGGGUUCUGUUCUUGUGGCAACUUCUGGUGAUGGAACAAAGGAAACUCCCCUUUUUUGUUACUAUGAACUACACAGUAUUAAUUAGAGUAUAACUGUAUAAGUUACCAAGCAUGUGGAGUAUAUGCAAUUUUGAGCUUUGUUUUUGUUACUACCUAAUCCCAAUUUAAUUUAUGCAGCCUUUCCGAUAUGGGUACUUUUUGUUAGUUUUGAAAUGUUAUUCUAUCCUGUUUCUGUCACACUAUUUUAGUAUUUUUGAACCUUCGGAAACAUCUUUCUGGAUGAGUGGGCGGAUAAAAAGUUGAGAAAUGAGAGUAUGAGACAAUGAUAACAGAGUCGAG